CAGGGAAUCAAUUCCAUAUUGGAACACGACCGCUGAUACGACAUUCUCGCAUCUACCAAAAUUGAAGUUCCCGGACCAAAUUUAUGGAAAGCGAAUUACAACCACGUGUAAUUCCCAAUUAGUUGAGCGUUGAUUGCACUGAAUUCUCCAUAGUGUUUGCGUGCUUCGUGUUCCAACUACUUCACGUGCAUGCCACGUGAUAGCCACCUCCGCCCUCUCUAUAUAACCACUGGAGAACGUAGAAUGGUAGCCGCCUCAAGAAAGAGAGUAGAGAGGACACGCUUCCUCUCGUUCGCCCGCUGAAGAAUUAGAGCGAGGUAGGAGAGAAGUGAACAAAGCUUCCGCGAAAAGUACCAGACAGAGAGAGUAUAUAUGAGGUGGCGAUGAUUGAUGGGGUCGACCAGUGGUAGUUGUGGUGACGGCGAUGGGGGAGGGUGGAAGAGAGGGUGGGUGUGGCAGUUCCAGAGGGACGUGGUGGCGGGAGCGGUGAUGGGAGGGUUCGUGCACACCGUGGUGGCGCCGAUCGAGCGGGCGAAGCUGCUGCUCCAGACUCAGGAGAGCAACGCCGCCCUCCUCCUCCACGAUGCCGGUGGGCCCGGGCGCCGCUUCCGGGGCAUGCUUGACUGCAUCUCCCGCACCGCCCGCGAGGAAGGCGUCCUCUCCCUCUGGCGCGGGAACGGCACCGGCGUCCUACGUUACUACCCCUCCGUCGCUCUCAACUUCUCCCUCAAGGAUGCUUACCGGACAAUAUUGAAGGGAAGAGAGGCAGAUCGGUUUGUGUCUAUUGCAGCUUCCAACUUCAUGGCAGGGGCUGCGGCAGGCUGCACAACUUUGGUCAUCAUCUACCCACUGGACAUAGCCCAUACCCGGCUUGCAGCUGAUGUUGGCAGGAGGGACUCCCGGCAAUUUAGAGGCAUCUCCCAUUUCCUCCGAACCACGUACAAGAAAGAAGGCAUUCGAGGCAUCUACAGAGGCCUACCUGCCUCGAUUCAUGGAAUGAUCGUCCAUCGGGGACUAUACUUUGGUGGUUUUGACACGGCCAAGGAUUUUCUCGUCCCAGAAGAUUCUGCCUUGUGGAAGCGAUGGGUGACAGCCCAAGCUGUAACAACGAUGGCAGGUCUCAUAUCGUAUCCACUUGAUACCAUAAGGAGGAGGUUGAUGAUGCAAUCUGGAAUGGAGAAACCAAUGUAUCAUAGCACUCUAGACUGUUGGAGGAAGAUUUAUAGGUUUGAGGGUUUAACUUCAUUUUACCGUGGAGCAAUCUCUAACAUGUUCAGGAGUACUGGUGCUGCUGCUAUAUUGGUGUUGUAUGAUGAGGUAAAGAAGUUGAUGAAAUGGGGUGGGUUUUGACAGGGAAGGCUGUAAGUUUACCACAUUUUUCACAUCAAAGAGUACAGAAAAAGCAGAUGAUACAACA